ACUUGGUAGAAUAGAUAGAAAGGGACAUCAUUUUCUAAAGAUAAUACACGAAUAAACUAAGCCAGACCAUUUUGAUCAAUAAACUGAUAGUCUUCAUUUAUUGCCUUUAUAUUUUAUAAAGUAACUGACCAACUUCACAUAGGAUUGAAAAUUCGCUUUUCUUCUCAUUAAAUAAGAUAUUAACAAAAUAAGAUAAAGAUUACAGCAGUAUCUAAUCGAAUCGUGUAGACUCCGAAAAAAAUUGUAUAUUUGAAGUUUCAUAUUCUUUCUUCUUUCAUCUCGUUCAUUAGUUUAAAAAAAAAAAAAGAAGAAGAAGAAAAGAAAGUGAAAAAGAAAUAAAAUCAGUUCUGUUAGCUUCCUUUUCUAUGUUAUUUUUUUAAAAAUGCGAUUUCUUUCAGGUUUACUUUCAACUGCCUUUGGUGGCAAUAAUUCACAUUCUGAGAAUAAAGAUGAGAAAGUUUUGACUUUAUCUCAAUUUAAACUAAUGAGAAUAGUGGGUCGAGGUGCUUUUGGAAAAGUCAGGAUUGUUGAACAUCGAGAAACCCGUCAAUUAUAUGCAUUGAAAUACAUUAAUAAAGAAGAAUGUAUUCGGAUGGAUGCUGCUAGAAACAUUAUUCGAGAAAGAGUAAUUUUAGAACAAUUGGAUCAUCCAUUUCUAUGCCGAUUACGUUUCGCUUUUCAGGAUAGAGAUUACAUGUAUAUGGUUACAGAUUUGAUGUUGGGUGGAGAUUUACAUUAUCAUUUACAACGCCAACCCUAUUUUUCAGAAGACGUAAUUCGAUUUUGGUUCGCUGAAUUAGCAUCGGCCGUUAAAUAUCUUCAUCUGAAACAAGUAGUACACAGGGAUAUUAAGCCACAAAAUAUACUUAUGGAUGAACAAGGACAUGUUCAUCUGACUGAUUUUAAUAUUGCAACAUACCUUCAUACACAUAAAUUAUUAACAUCAAAUUCUGGGACUGGCUAUUAUAUGGCUCCUGAAGUUUAUAAAGGUAAUGGAUACAAUGAAUCUGUAGAUUGGUGGAGUCUGGGAAUCACAUUAUAUGAAUGUGUAUAUCACAAGAAACCAUUUGAAUAUGAUACCACAGAGGAAUUACAAGCUGCAAUACGAAGAGGGCAUAUAAAUUAUCCAAAACAAGACCAUCAAAUAUCUAAUGAAUGUCUUGCUUUCAUACAAGGGCUUUUAGACGUUAAUCCGAGUAAACGAUUAGGGUAUGGUGAUGCAGGAUGGAUUGCUUUAGUACAUCAUCCAUUUUUUCGUUCUAUUGACUGGAACAAACUAGAGUCCAAAUCUAUUACACCUCUCUUUCAACCAGGAGCAGAGAAUAACUUUGAUAUAACCUAUGAUUUAGAAGAAUUACUAUUAGAAGAAUCACCUUUAACUGCACAUACUGUUAAACGACCGAAAUCGAAUAAGAAAAAGAUCAAUGAUCCUAUGAUGAGCAAACAUGAACGAGAUUUAACGAUGAUUGAAGAAAAGUUCAAAAAUUUUGACUUUACGAUAUUUGAAAAGUAUGAAGGAUUUAAAGACCCAGUGACUAUGACUGUUGGAGAUCCUCCAGAUUGGGUUAAACCAGCAUUUAAAGGUGCUGAACAAGGAGAUGUUUUACCUAUUAAAAGAAUUGAUACUGGAAGAAAUUCCCAAGAUAAUUGUGAUAGUCGUGAUUUAACUCAAUGGAAAGGGCCAAGUAAAUCAGUUUCUACAAGUAAUAUUUGCUCUAGGGCAGUCACUGUAUCUACUUCUACUACCUCUGUUGCUUUCUCAAAUCUCGGUAAAUAUGAUCAGAGUAGUCCGAAUUUAAAGAGAAGCAGUACUGGCACGCUACAGACAGUGAAUGGAAAUAACAAUAUGAAUCGUUUACAUGCAAAUAAAUCUUCCACUAGUCUUAGUGAAGAAUAUGCUUUAUCUUUACAAGGACUUCGGAAAAAGCAAAGUACAAAGAGUUUUAUGGAACGUAGAGAGAGGGAUAGAAAAAGCAUACAAAUUAUUCAACAUCUAUAACAUUAUAUAAUUCAUAUUUCAUAAAACUCUAAUAAUAUAUUCAAUUUAUAAUACAAGUAUAUAUAAAAUUGUAACUCUGUCAAAUAUUCUUUCAGAUAUAAAUGUAUAAAGAUGAUGUUGUAUAACAUAUUGACACAUGUCUUUUGUGUCUAUUAUUAUUCUCAAUCCUCAAGCAGUUUCAACUUUUGAGAAAAAAAAU